AUGGAUCCUACUUCGAGUAAAGCAUCCGUUAAAAUCCCACUGGAAGCUCUUGCUCAUGCGGAUGCUAGUACUUCAGACCCCGAGGAGUCGAGAUUCGGUGAACGGCCACAGGCCUCUACCUCCUCGGUGGCGAAUGACGAGUGCGGAAGACCAAGGAAGACCUACGAUGAGUACGAUACUGUGGAUUGGGUGAAGGAUCUUAAUGCGGACAGUGAUAGGCGGUCUCGCAUGGGGCAACGUGCUAAGUACUCCCUGUUGGGUCGCCUGCUGCUCGUCUGGGAUUCGAGCUCCGGCUGGAUUUGCGUGGGCCUGAUCGGUGCCUUGGUUGGCUUGUUUGCGGUGAUGGUCGACAUUGGAGUGAGCUGGCUUUCCAGUCUAAGGGAGGGCGUAUGCCGCGAUCAGUUGUGGUUGAACCAAGAACAGUGUUGCUGGUCCUACAACAUGACUGUCUUCUCUCCCCUCUAUGGACUCUCCUCCCCCUCUGCCGUUAGUCAUUCUACCACCGCGGCCACCACUGCAAACUCCACUGCCACUGAAAUCACCUCUGUUAGUUUGACGAUGACGUCAAAUGCAACUACGAAGGAGCUUAUUUACCCACGCAUCGCAGGGAGUGGUGCUCAAGCUGCCUUUGGAUUCUAUUCCUGUGAACAGAUUAAUCCUAUCCAGUGUCUACCCAUCUUACUAUGUAGCAUUUAUAUUAACGCACUAACAGUACAAGUAAUAAGAAUCAGACCUCCCUGUCGCCAACGUGGUCGGAUCCUGGCGACUGAGUGGGCUUGUAUAGCAGGGUCUGUAAUUUGGGCAAAUAGCCUCUGUCAUGUUUUCGGUAUGGUCCUCAAUCCUGUCUGCUGUUGCACUUUUGAGUCGGCUUUCAAAACGAUGCUCAAGUUAAUCGAAGUCUAUCGCGAGACAGGAACGGAUAUCCUACAACAGUUUUCCAACCCAUGGUACUCAUGGGAGCGCCUGCUGACGGGUCACGACGGUGACCUGGAGCACGUGGGAGCCUUCAUCCUAGGCUGGAUGAUCUACAUCCUCCUUGCCGUGAGUAUGGCGGGUCUCUGCGCUGCUCUCGUCUACUUUCUCGCUCCUUCCGCUGCUGGCAGUGGAAUCGCCGAAGUGAAGACUAUUUUGGGUGGUUUUGUGAUCCGCAAUUUCCUUGGCUCCUGGACUCUCAUCGUCAAGGUGGCUGGCCUUAUUCUCUCUGUCUCCACUGGCCUCUGCAUCGGUAACGACGGACCCAUGGUACACGUGGGCGCCUGUUGUGCCAAAAUCCUCGCUCACUUUUUCCCCAAGUAUGGUCUCAAUCCCUCCAAGACUCGUGAGCUUAUUUCAGCGGCAGUGGCUGGCGGCAUCGGUGCGUGUUUUGGAGCACCGAUUGGCGGGGUGCUUUUCUCCCUCGAGGUGGCCAGCUACUACUUUCCUGCCAAGACCCUCUUUCGCUCUUUCUUCUGUGCCUUAGCGGCGGCCUACGUGGCUCGGGCGCUGAACCCUUUUGGGGAGGAACACUUCAUCCUCCUCUCGGUGGAUCACGAUACCACCUGGCACUUCGUGGAACUGGUGCCUUUCGCUGCUCUCGGUGUUUGCGGGGUAUGGCUUGUUUUUAUUGCUUUAUACUUCCGAGUGAUUUCCGAAGGGGCUGGCAUAUUCGGCGCACUCAUGGUGCGUUGCAACAAAGCGGUGCAGAAGUUCCGUCGGAAGCACUGCGCUGAACGACCCAUCACCUACCUCCUUAUCCUUACUGCUGUCUUCUCCCUCAUUGCCUAUCUCCACCCUGACCUGCGAGUUGAAGAGAAGCUCUUCAUCCGUAAACUUGUCAGUAGCUGCACGGCUGGUGACCAGGAGGAUCUUUGUGACUACAUUCGCUUACCGGAGGGCGGCUACGGCAAUGCGACGAUUGUGAGCGAGACCAACCUGGUGGGCAGUUUUCGCGCGGGCCCACGGAUGGCACGAGGUGUGGCGCUGCUCUUUGGCGCACUGCUCUUCAAGUUUGUUGGACUUGUCCUCGUUUACGGUGUGCCUGUGCCCACUGGUGUCAUGCUGCCCAGUAUUAUGGUGGGAGCCAUCCUGGGCCGCCUGAUGGGAAUAAUGGUGGAGCAGAUAGUGGUGACGCAGAUGUCGCACUCACUCUUCUACCAUCGCCUCUGUAAACCCGGCCAUCCCUGCAUCGACACCAGCCUCUACGCGGUGGUUGGUGCUGCCGCCUGCCUGGGUGGGGUCACGCGUGCCACUGUUUCCCUUGUUGUCAUCAUGAUUGAACUAAUUGGCGGAUUAAGUUACAGCAUCCCUAUAAUGGUGGCAUCCAUGUUUGCCAAGUGGAUGGGUGACCGGUUGUAUAAGGGCAGUCUCUACGAUGUGCAGAUCCGAUUGAACCACUACCCCUAUCUCCAGUUUGACAAGGCCCCCGACAAGAUGGCCGACUCCUUUGCUUCCGACAUUAUGCAUCCUAGACUCAGCGAGGGUCCGCUAGAGCUGUUAACGGAGAAUUCAAUGCGGGUGGAAGAGGUGGAGGAGCUACUGCAACGCUCAGACCACAAUGGCUUUCCAGUGGUGGAGUCCCUCACCUCUCGCCAUCUCGUCGGCUUCGUAUCACGCACAGAUCUCGUCAGAGCUCUCGAUCUCCAUCGGCCACAUUCCUUGCGUAGGCACGGCGUUAAAUCAAUCGUCUGCUUCACCGAUCGAGCACCCCUCCUGGAUCCAAGUAACCGAUUGGAUACCCCCGAAGACUUUCCUCUUCUGGUUGAUGUUCGAAAUGUUGUCGAUCUGUCUCCCACAACCCUAACCCAAGCGACCCCGGCGUCGACGAUUUUCGAUGUGUUUAAGAGCCUUGGCCUCCGGCAGGUCCUGGUGACUCAUCUUGGGCGCGUCACUGGUAUCAUAACGAAGAAGGAUGUCCUACGGUUCCUGGAUGACUGUUAA